AGUGAAUUCACUUCCCGUCGAAACAAUAGCUCUAUUAGUUGUGAUAACGUCUCCAUUAAUACCAUUAAUGACAAGACAUUCCAUAAGAGAGUGGAGAAUAUUCGGUAUAAUUCAAGUAAAGUAAGUGUCAAGAACUUAACGCCGACUAAAAUGUUCAAACGUAUGAUGAAAGGCAACGCCAAGACAUGGACUCCAAACAAGAACUCAGCUUAUGACAGCAAUCGAUCGUUGAUUGUGUUGACAGAAGAGGAAGCGAUGGAUAUGCAGAACAAUCACAAGAAGCAGAUCAUUGCCAUCAGGAAUGAGCUUCAGUUCCGUUUGGAUGAGUCGGAAGCGCUUCUCGAGUCUGUGGUGAAGGAGAAUAAGACCAAAGACAAGAAGAUCGCCGAACAGAUGGCUUUACUCCAAGAAGUCAAUGAUUUGAUUGUUUUAAUCGAAAAUACAGCCGAAAAGAAGAGAGUAAUGAGUGAAGGGAACGAAAGACUGUUGAAAGAGAACCAACAAUACGAACGAAAAGCACAAUUCCUUGAAAAUGAAGUGAAAAAAUUGAACGAAUUGUUGGCCGCAAACAGAACACCCGUCGCUACGGCGGCCCCAAUCUUCUCAAUACCCACAUCAGUCAUCACUCACACCAAUCAACUAAACAAU